AUGGGAAAACUCAAUGAAAAAUUAAGCAAAAAUUAUAGAAGUAGUAAUGUAAACGUGUUUUGUGAAAUCAGUGAUGAAAUAGACGAAGUCAUGGUCCUUUGGAAGGAGACAUAUAUAGUUUAUACAAGAGUUCAAGAAAUGUUUAAUUUCCAAAAUUUCGUUUUACUUCUCGGUACAUAUUGCAACACCGUCCUGCAGCUAUACCACAGCUUCGUAAUUUAUCAAAGCAAAUCUACAGAGUCCCUAACUCAUUCCCUUUACCAAGAGUUGCUGUUCGGUACAUGUGCUUUCGGGGAAAUGAUCCUUUUUGUAUAUGCCGCCUCUUCAGCAUGGGAAACGUCAAGAAAUGUUAUUGACUAUUUUGAACAGAUACUGACUCUACCAGCAAUUGAUGAGCGAUUAGCGCAGAACGUUCAAGGACAUAUGAUGAACUCACUUCUGCAAGUCUCUAAAGUGACAAUUUACAAAAUGGUUGACUUGGAUAGACAGACGAUGCCUUUUCUGGUUACAGCGACAAUCCUUUACUUGACACUCUUGAUACAGUUUCAUAAAACUCAUUAA